AUGGUAAGCACGGGCUACUUGAUACGCUUCAGAUUCUCUGACACAGUCUUAGCCCCCAAAAGCUCCGGACCAGAAGCGAAAACGCGGUCGCCCUCCCAACGCGUCCAGGGCCAACGACGCGUCCCAGAGUCUCCCGAAGUCGCAGAAGCAGAGCCCAGCGACCUGGCUGAAGAGCCUAUGGAUGCUCCAACACCGGCCAAGCGCGGCCGACCGAAAAAGAACAAGGAAACAGAAUCAUCGCCUGCCACCGAGGAACCAAAGGCGAAAAAGCGGGGUAGACCAAGGCGUGAAGAGGUUGUCGAGGAGGAACCUGAGCCGGCGCAACUGAACCGGAAGUCGAGGAAGGCCGCCAAUAGUACCACAAACGAGAUCAACGAGUCCGCGAAGGAAGAGGAGUCAUCACAACCAGCGGAGAAGCCUACCAGGGGCAUAACGGGCCGCAAGGCAGUGCAGGAGGCAAGCGAGGAAGCUGCCGUCGAAGAUGAAGCCACCGCAAACAGCACAACCAAGAAGAAGCGCGGAAGGCCACCGAAGGUCGCGGAGGAAGCUACCGAGGAGCGGCCUGAAGAUGCGGGAGAGCCGGAGCCGGCUCCGAAGAAGAAGCGCGGGCGCCCAUCUUUGAAUAAGGAACCUGUCGCAAAUCAGCUUGCCGAAGCGGCCGAGGAAAAUCCCACGCCCAAGAAACGGGGGAGGAAACCUAAGGAGAAGGCUGUCGAGGCUGAAGAGCCCGCUCCCGAGGAAGAGGCCGAGGCAGAACCCGCGCCCAAGAAGAAACGCGGGCGUAAACCGAAUGCCGCGGCGGAGGAAGUAGAGGAGCCCCCGGCUGAAGAAGAAUCGGCCGCUACAAAGAAGAAGCGCGGUCGGCCUGCUGCCCACGCCGAGCCAGAGGCUCAGGAGGCGCCACAGUCGGAGCCAAAGGUGGCCCGCAGGCACAAAGGGAGGCCACCAGCCACGGCAGAAGAGCCAGCGGCCGAGAAACCGACCAAGAAACGGCGGAAGCGGUCUUCUCAGGGCGAGGAAGAGCCUUCGAGACCGUCUCCGGAAACACAACGCCGCCGUCCGGGCCGUCCGCGUACCUCGGAUGCGGCAUCCUCCCCGCACGCCCCUGAAGACCAAACCGCCAAGCCUCGCAAGUCCAAGAAACGCCCCUCAGGUGAUGACGACGCAGCAGACCCAGCACCGGCAAAGAAGCGCCGACGCCGAACAUCUGAGGAGAUCCGGCAACAACAGCAGCAACAGCAACAACAGCAACAACAGCAACAACCACCGCAUAGAACCGACCCCGCAACAGCCCGCCGUGCGGCCCUAAAACACCGCCACAUCGCCGCCCGCGUCCGCCAGAUCCCCCGCUCGACAAUCGAAGAGAAGUGGUCCCCCCUCGCACCCUCCUCCCUCGCACACGUCUCCAGCCUCCUCCGCCUCGCCGAGCGCCCCGUCCUGCAGCGCCUGGCCGCCAACGAGAAGCGCCGCGACCAGGCCGCCUCGGCCAUCCGCCUCGUCACGAAGCGCCUCACGAGGAAGCUCUCUCGCGGCCUCCCCUUCCCGCCCGCCGCCGCCGGUCCUCCCACGGGAUCCGGCAACGGCAAAAAGGCUGACGCCGACGGCGGCCGCGCCGAGGAGCUCAACUUUGAGCGCGUCAUCGAGGGCGUCGCCGCGCUCGAGCGGCAGCUCGACCCGCUGCUGCACGCCGUCGAGCUCCUCAAGGCCGAGAAGGAGCGCGACGAGAGGGCGCUCGAGGCCGACUACGACAGCCUGAGGACGCUCGAGGCCAACGCAAAGUCCGAGGCCAGGAACUUCAAGGACGGCCUCCGCAAGACGCACGUCCUCGUCCCCGAGCAGAAGAAACCCGCGGGAGCUGCUGGCCGCAGCGGCGUCGCGGACGAGCAGGACUUCAAGUUCGUCCCCGACGAGACCGUCAGCGGGGCUCUGUUCAAGGACCUCGAAGACGACGAGCUGCGCGGCCUGGUGCACCAGGUGAGCAGCCACAUGGAGAGCAUGCGCAGCAACCUGCAGCAGGUCGACGGCGUCGUGCCGCAGAUUGCCCGGAGCCGCGCCGCGCUGCAGGACGUGCUGUUCAAGCACCUCGACCAGCAGAGCUACGAAAACGUCUUGUUCGGGUAG